AUGCCUCGCUCAAGCAAAGUGUCUAACCGAUCAUUUUCACAUGGAAAACAAGGUUAGUUGAAUGAACCAAUCAUUAUUACAUUAUAGAGAGAGAUUGAUAAUUACACCAGAAAAGUAGAAAUUGAAAGAAGAAAGCUUUUUAAUUUGGAAUAAUAGCACAGAUAGUUAUAAGAGGAAGUGAAAAGCAAAGUCUAAUCUGUAAAGAAAUUGAAAAUGGAUUCUAUUAAAAAGGUUUUGAACAAAGAUCAGGCAGAAUCUAAAAGUCUAUAAUUUUAAAUAGAUUAAUUUGAUAAAAAAUUGUGUAAGUCUGUAGCCAAUAUUGAAAUUAUGAAAUCAAAUAUUGAUAUCAUUCGAAAAGAACGAAAUUAACUGCUAUAAGCCAUGAAAGAAAUCGAGUAGAAUCACGAGUAAAUUCAUAGUAGAUUGAUAUCAACGUAAUCGUAGGCUCAAAGAAAGGUUCAUGAUGCUUAAAUUACCUAAUAACAAAUGUUCGAUUUGAAAACCAAGAAUGAAAUUGACAAAAGUGAGUUUCAGGAAAAGUUUGAUAAACUGAAGGCUGAAUUAAAAGAGAAAUAAGAAAAAUAAAAUGAAAAAGACAAAAUAUCAAAAACCAAUAGACUCAAAGCCACUAAUUAUUCUACUUUUGAUACUGGAACAUUGUUAAAACGAAGACUCUAAAGGAUUAUUGCCAACAAUAAGGAAAAAGUUAAAAUGAUUGAUACCUAUUAAAGAAACAUGAGAAUUAUAGAUGAAGCAUUCAAUCAAAUUAAAGAAGCUACUGGAUUAACUGAUAUUGAGGAAAUCAAAAAUAACUUUAUCAAAAGUGAAGAAUAGAACUAUUCAUUAUGGACAUAUGUUGAUGUGCUAAAUUAAGAAAUAGAUGCUCUAGAAGAUUCUAAUUAAGAAUUGAAGGAAAAGUGUGAAAUAUAAGAAAAAGAAAAUAUAGAGAGAGACAGAAUCCUAACAGCGACACCUGAUGGUGAAAGAAAGAGAAAAUAUAUCCAAAGGAUUAUUGAUUAAAAAUAAGAUGAAAUUGAUUAAUUUGGUAAUAAAUUAUCUUAGAUCCAACCAAUAAUAGAGGAUAUUUUAUAAAAAAUGAUCAAAACUAGGUUUAACCAUGAUCCAACUAGAGCCUAUACAUUCUAAGGAGGAUUUCAAUUGAAUGAAUCUAAUAUUGAUCAAUAUUUAGCUGAAUUGGAAGGCUAUAUAAAUAUGUUAGUAUUAUUUAAAUCGAACAAAUACAAAAGAGAUGGAUUAAAUUAAAAUAAAUUUAUAACUGGAUUACUAUUGGAAGAAAUACCCACAAAAGAGUUUAAGCCAAAAUAAUAAUUGAACUAAUCAUCAGUCUUACCAUCUUAGGGAAAUGAAGAAGGUUCGGACUUUUAGAAGUUUCUAAAUUAUAAUGAGUUCCAUGAAAUGGCUAAGUAAGCUCUUAAGGAGGGUGAUGGAUAAAAUUUCACAUCAACAAAGAAGAAUAAAAAAUGA